UUUUUUGUCCCAACAUCCUGGGCGUUGGGCAUUCCCCUUAACUCUUUCUUUCUUUCCUUUGUAACACCUCUGAACAGAUUACAAACUAUAAAAAAUUGGAGACUCUUUCAUCUCUAGAAUGGACUUACAAACUCUAACGAAUCUCUUCUCUACGACUUUUAAUCCCGAUCCAAACAUUCGUCGAGCUGCAGAACUCGAAAUUCGCAAGGUUGGAAAUGAGGAGGGGAUGAUCGCGGCCUUGCUGCAAAUCAUCGGCGCAGAUUCCAUCGAUAUCGCCACUCGCCAAGCCUGUUCAGUCUGGGUGAAAAAUCGCGUCGGAUCGCAUUACUCCCUCGAAGCUCCUACAGGUCGUGCCGACCGUUUACCUCUGGCUCAGUCGGACAAGAACGCGAUCAGAUCGAAUAUCCUAUCUCUCAUUGCUGCAUCGCCCUCUCGCAGUAUCAGUUUACAGCUCGCCAGCGCUUUGAAAAACGUCGCCUCUACCGAUUUCCCCGAUAAGUGGCCAGGAUUGCUGGACGACAUCAAGGUGUUGCUAGGAAGCUCAGAGAUAAGAGAAGUGCAUGCAGGAUGUGUAGCUGCUUUAGAAACUGUGAAAGCAUUCAGAUUCCGUCAGAAGAGCGAUUUGAUGACCAGAAUUGUGGCACAACUUUUCCCGACCCUUGCGUCUAUAGCACAGCAGAUGCUUCAAACCCCACCAUCCCAGGCGCAGGAGAUUCCAACCAUGCUUCACUUAAUACUCAAGACGUAUAAAACCAGUAUUGUCAUCAACCUUAGCACCCAUCAGCAAAGUGCUGAGAGCUUGGUACCUUGGGGACAGCUCUUGUUUGCUGUCGUUAACCUCGGUAUCCCCAAGGAAGCCGUUCCAGAAGAUGAAGACGAACGCGAACGAUGUGAGUGGUGGAAAGCUAAGAAAUGGGCGUUUGCUACUUUGGGUCGUCUGUUCCAUCGGUUCGGCAACCCCUCCCAGCUACCUAGCACCAUGCAAAAAGAAUAUAGUCAUUUCGCAGAGCAUUUUGUCACCAUGUUCGCCCCAGAGAUCCUAAACAUCUACCUGCGGCAGGUCGAACUGUACGUUUCUGGUCAAGCGUGGCUGUCAAAGAAAUGUCAAUAUCAUAUCUUCUCCUUCUUCACCGAAUGUGUGAAGCCUAAAUCUACCUGGACCCUGCUCAAACCUCACUUCGAGACCCUCGUCUCCUCGUUCGCUUUCCCGCACUUGUGCUUUACCCCGUCGAAGCAAGCGCUAUGGCAGAACGACCCUGUUGACUAUGUGCGCGUUGCGGUAGACGAGUACGAGAGCUACGCCACCCCCGUUUCGGCCGCGACAAGCUUCCUAUUCGCGUUGGCUGGUAACAGGACAAAGACCGCCUUCAUGCCUAUUCUAGCAAUAAUCAACACGAUCCUCAGAUCCAACUCUGCUCCGCCACAGAGGUUUGGUGCCUUGAAUAUGACUGCCGCGCUUGGCCCUUGGAUUAUGAAGCACCCCGAUGUCAAGAAUAACAUGGAGCAGUUCGUUGAGCAGUUCGUUACUCCGGAGUUCACUAGCAACGAACCGUAUCUGAGAGCUAUCGCAUGUGAAGUUCUCGGAACCGUAGUGAAAUCUGGCAUUAAAUGGUCUAAUGAAGAGAGCUUGAACAAGAACUUCAGAGCUGUUGCUGCAUGCCUUGACGACCACGAGCUCCCUGUCAGAGUUCAAGCGGUCUUGGCCUUGACAGAGUUAAUUGUCGCAAAUGAGUCUGUUCAAGCUCAGGUUUCCCCUCAAGUUGGAAAAGUCGUGCAAGAUCUCCUGAAGCUCUCCGAUGAGACCGAUCUCGACAUUCUCAAUCAUAGUAUGGAAGUCAUGGUUGAUCAAUUCACCGCCGAACUUCUCCCCGUAGCAGCUCAGCUUACUCAAAGUUUGUGCGAUUCGUACUUGCGUCUUGCAAAAGAAAGCAUGGCUCAAGAGGAAGCUGAGGUUGCCAACUCGGGUGGAGAUUUCGAAGCGUUGAUGGCGGAAGGUGACGAUGAUAAGACUUAUGCCGCGAUGGGAGUGGCCAAGACGAUCUGGACGAUCGUCUCUACCGUUGAGAAUGCACCGGAAAUCUUGACACAGAUUCAAGAGAUUAUCAUCCCCAUCGUCGUCUUUACACUGGAGAACAAGCUGCUUGAUCUCUUCGACAAUAUGUACGAUCUCAUUGAUAGCCUAACGUUCAAGCUCCGCACGAUUUCACCCAACAUGUGGCCUGUCUUUGAGGUUACUUAUAAAUUGUUCAAGUCGGAUGCGGUUGACUUCUUGGAAGAGAUGCUCGCCCCGUUGGACAAUUUUGUUUCUUAUGGCAGCGAGGUUAUCAAAACCCGUGCAGAUUACAAGCAGAUGUUGGUUGAUAUCUACUCGACCUCGCUUUCCAACAAGCAGUUGGGUGAAAACGAUGGCGUCAACGGGUGCAAGCUGGCCGAAUCGGUCCUCCUGAACUUACGUGGCCAUAUUGAUGAUGCUCUACAAACCUUUAUCGUCACUGCGUUGGACUACCUCGAAAUUGCAGAGACCGCAAGCCUCAAGCUGGCACUCCUCAACGUCUUGGUCAACAGCGUCCUCUACAACCCAACCGCAGCACUUCAUAUUAUGGAAAGCUCCAAGCCGGGAUCCGCCCGAGCCUUCUUUGACAAGUGGUUCGCUGCCAUCAAUAAAAACGAUAAUUUACUUCCGAGAGUGCACGAUAAAAAGCUGAGCAUCCUCGCGUUGUCAAGUUUACUCGACCUAGACCAUACUUCGAUACCCGAAUCGUUGAGAGAAGGAUGGCCUGGAAUCGUCGGGGGGAUUCUCAAACUGUUCAAGGAUCUGCCGAAAGCUGUUGCGGAGAGAAAGGCGCUUGAAGAGUCACUUCAGGAUGAUUCUGAUGACGAUGAUAUCGAAGAAGAGAAGCUGCUUAACCUCCACGGUGAUGAUGAGGACGUUUGGGAUGAAGAUUCUGCCUACUUAGAGAUGCUCGCGAAGGAGGGUGCCCGCCUUCGCGAGCGUUCGGAGAAACUCGAGGAUGGAGAAGACGUAGACAGUGACGAUGAAGACGAAGCUGUAGCUGAGGAGUUGGGGUAUAUCAGUCCACUUGAUAACGUCAACCUCUAUUCCUCGUUCAAGCAAGCUUUGACCAGCUUCCAAAUCCGCAAUGGCGCAGGAUAUCAGGCUGCUACGACAUCUUUGGAUGUGGAACAGCAAACAUUGCUUAUGGAGGUCAUGAGGUUAGCUGAUGCUCCGGCGGAGGCCUCUCGUUCUUGAGAAGCCGGUGGAACGAGACAGAGCGCCGAGGGGGGAGGGGAGCUUAUGAUCAACUAUCAUCUAUCUAUAGUGAGGUGACGAACGUUCUUUUCUGUUAUGCUUUCGAGAACGAUCCCCGUUUGUUUUUACGGCUCGAGAGUUUGUUAGGAUACCACUGUUACCUUUUUUCCAUACCUAAAUGGUAUGGGCACGACAAGAACCAAUCUAUUUUUUUCAACCCGUUUCUCACCUGAUGUUCCUAUCUUUUGGGUUUCUGUUUGCACUUUCUAUGAUUUCGAGUAAGAAGGCUCUCCUUCGUUAGAAAUAGAAUGGCCGCCGUGCUGGUGAUAAUGUAUGAUGGUUUUGCAUCCGUUCCGG